AUGCAAGACGAAUGCAGUUCUACAAGUGACGACGAGGAGGUGCUCUUCACCAAAGACAUGGUCCGCAAACUGAGGAAAUCCGCACCGCAGCACGCUUCUUCGCGGCCGACCUCAUCGCUUAGCGACACCAGUGGCGUCAGUACAAUGAGCGUGACGUCAGGACAAAAGGCAAAGAGCGAAGUGGAAAGUGCGAGCACGGACGGGCCUUUGUCAGCCGAUUCACCGGUGAAAGAAAGGGGAACAGAUGACGAAUUAAUAAUGACGCCGAGGUAUUUGUAG